UAGUAACAUAGUGUCAAAAUAUACAAAGCAAAAAUUGACAGAGCUAGAAGAAGAAAUGAACAAGUCCACAAUCAUAAUGGGAGAUUUUAAUAUAUUUCUUUCAAUAACUGGGAGAGAGCAAGCACACACAAAAAUUGUAUGAAUGUAGAAUAUUGGAAGAGCAUGAUCAAUAAACCUGACAUGUUAGACAUGUAUGAAAUAGUGUACCCAAUGUAUUUACCAAAAUUGAUCAUAUUUUGAGCCACAAAACAAGUUUCAAGUUACAGAGAAUUGAAAUCAUAGAUUAUGUUCCCUAACCACAUUGGAAUUGAGCUAUAAAUCAAUUAUAGAAAUAUAAUUAGAAAAUCCCUAUAUGUGUGGAAAAUAGGAGUACACUUCAGAACAACCCAUGGUUCAAAGAAAUCACAAUGAAAAUUAGGAAAAUUUUUGAACUGCAUGAUAGUGAAAAUACAAUCUAUUGAAACUUAUGAGAUGCAGCUAAUGUCAUGUUUUGAAGAAAACUUAUAUGUGCAUAAGAAAAACAAAACUAAAUGUCAAGAAAACUAAAAUGCACAUAUGGGUAAGAAAUAAAGCUCGGAAAUUAGUAAUCUAAACUAGGCUCAGCAAACUGAAAGAGCCAGAUAGUCACUGUUUCAGCCUUGCAGAUCAUAUGAUCUCUGUUGCAACUACUCAGCCUAUUAUACCAUUGUAUCAUGAAAGUAGCUGUAGAUAAUAUAUAAAUGAAUGAACAUGUCUGUGUUCCAAUAAGGACAUGAAGUAACAGGUUCUAUUUUAUACUGCUGGUGGGAGUGUAAAUUGGUGCAGACAAUUUGGAAAAUUGUUUGGCUUUGUCUACUAAAAUUGAAAAUAAGCUUUCCAUAUGACCCAACUGAAAUGUGUAUGCCCAGAGACAUGUCCAAGCAUGUUCCUAACAGCACUGUCCAGAAUAGCCAAGACUGGAACCAACCCAAGUGUCCAUCUGCAGAAGAAUAAUUAAUUUAAGGUAUAGUCAUAUAGUGGAUUACAUAGAGCAACAGAGCUACUGCAGCAUGCAGCAGCAUGGUUACAUCUUGGACCUGUUAUUUGUAAGGAAGCUAGAAACAAAAGAAUACACUCAAAAACAAGCAAAAUUAAUCUGUGGAGUUAAGAAGCUCCUAAAGUGCUAGAAAUGUUGUAUUUACUCGCCUUAGUGAUGAUAGUUCCACAGGAAUAUACCUUUUAUAUUAGUUCAUGGAGUUAUACACUUGAUUCAUAGACUCUGUUAUACUUUUAAUUUUUUUAAGUAUAUUUUUAAAAAGCUAAUGUGUUUAUACAUGGUGUGUUGAGUAUCUUGUCAACUACUGGGCUUCAUUGUAAGGUGAUGGAUUUCAAAUCAACUUUUUCAUUGGGUCCUUUUCUUAGGCUGAUUCUUUCAGAGAGGAAUCUACAGUUUCCUGCAUCUGGAAUCUAAGACUGCCAGCAUUCAGGGUGCCAAGCAGCAGAAAGCAGCUGUGGUCUCAUUCACUGUGCUAUUUCAGUGGCACCCCUUUCCUUUCUUGAUCCCCUGCCUGGUGUCUAGUGCCUCUGCCUCAGAAGCUAGAAUGGAUCUCCACUGGAUGGGUCUUCUGAAUGGCCAAACUGGAUCAAUCUCAGAGAAGGACCCAUCACCAUAUCUGACGACUCUGAUGAGGAAGGAGUUCCAAUGAUGGUCACCCCAGCUCCUCAGCAACAUGACGAAGAGGACCUGGAUGAUGAUGUCAUCCUGACAGAAACAAGUAAACCUCAGACAUCACGACCCAAUCUCAUCAAACCAGCUGCCCAGUGGCAAGAUCUCAAAAGUUGGGGAGAAGAAAGGCCUAAAAAGUCUAGAGCAGCUUUUGAAUCAAAUAAGAACAACUAUUUUGCAGUGUGUAACAGCUCAUUGUUUGAUUCUGGGGCACAGGAUGAUUCUGAGGAUGACUACGGUGAAUUUCUGGAUCUUGGGCCUCCUGGAGUUUCUGAAUUCAUUAAGCCAAGUGGCCAGACAGAAAGAGAACCCAAGCCUGGACCAAGUCAUAACCAAGCAGCAAAUGAUAUUGUCAACCCUGGAUCAGGGCCAAAAAUCUUUAUCUGGAGAAAAAGUGGCCUUCUUAUUCCAGAUAGCGAUCCUUUGGACAUUCAGAACCAGUCUUCUGAAGACUCAGAGACAGACCUUUUAUCAAACCUCGGAGAAUCGACUGGUAUCCUAGAAGAUCAGACCAUCGAAGAAGACUGCUGGUUAGAAAACCAUCCUUACUUCCAGUCCCUAAACCAGCAGCCCCGUGAAAUAACAAACCAGGUUGUUCCUCAGGAGCGGCAGCCUGAAGCAGAACUGGGUCCAUUGUUUUAUCAGCAUGAGCCCCUAAGGCUGGCUUUUCCAAGGCCGGCUUUUCCAAGACCAGAACCCCAGCAGGAUGGGAUUCCGGGCCCCUCUUCUCCUCAGCCUGCCCAUCCUCUAGGAGAACUUGAAGACCAGCAAUUAGCAAUAGACGAUGAAGAGCCAGGCCCAGCCUUUCCACUACAGGGAUCCCAGGAGCCCAAUUUGGAAAACCUUUGGGGGCAAGAAGCUACUGAAGUAGACCAAGAAGUCAUUGCACUAUUAGUGAAAGAAACAGAAGCAAGAUUUCCAGAUGUAGCAACUGGAUAUAUUGAAGAAAUAAUUCGUUUGAAGAAUUAUUAUGAUUUGAAUGUACUUUGUAAUUUUCUUCUGGAAAAUCCAGAUUAUCCAAAGAGAGAAGAUCGAGUCAUUAUCAACCCCAGCAGCAGCCUGCUUGCUAGCCAAGAGGAGACAAAGUUGCCUAAGAUAGACUUUUUUGACUAUUCUAAAUUGGCUCCCCUUGACCAGCGCUGCUUCAUCCAAGCUGCUGACCUCCUGAUGGCCGACUUCAAAAUGCUCAGCAGUCAGGACAUCAAGUGGGCCCUGAAUGAGCUCAAAGGACACUAUGCAAUCACCCGAAAGGCCUUUUCUGAUGCCAUUAAAAAAUGGCAGGAGCUAUCACCAGAAACCAGUGGAAAAAGAAAAAAGAGAAAAGAAAUGAAUCAGUAUUCUUACAUAGAUUUCAAGUUUGAACAAGGUGACAUAAAAAUAGAAAGAAGGAUGUUCUUUCUGGAAAAUAAGCGGCGACAUUGUAGGUCCUAUGACCGGCGUGCCCUCCUUCCAGCUGUGCAACAAGAGCAGGAGUUCUAUGAACAGAAAAUCAAAGAGAUGGCAGAGCAUGAAGACUUUUUGCUUGCUCUGCAGAUGAAUGAAGAACAGUAUCAAAAGGAUGGCCAGCUGAUUGAGUGCCGCUGCUGCUAUGGGGAAUUUCCAUUUGAGGAGCUGACUCAGUGUGCAGAUGCUCACUUGUUCUGCAAAGAGUGUCUCAUCAGAUAUGCCCAGGAGGCAGUCUUUGGAUCUGGAAAGUCAGAGCUCAGCUGCAUGGAAGGUAGCUGCACAUGUUCAUUCCCAACCAGCGAACUGGAGAAGGUGCUUCCCCAGACCAUCCUGUAUAAAUACUACGAGCGGAAGGCUGAAGAAGAAGUCGCUGCAGCCUACGCUGACGAGCUUGUCAGGUGCCCCUCCUGUAGCUUUCCUGCUCUGUUGGACAGUGAUGUGAAGAGGUUCAGUUGUCCCAAUCCUCGUUGCCGAAAGGAAACCUGUAGGAAGUGUCAGGGACUCUGGAAAGAGCACAAUGGCCUCACCUGUGAAGAGCUGGCUGAAAAAGAUGACAUCAAGUACCGAACAUCUAUUGAAGAGAAAAUGACUGCUGCUCGCAUUAGAAAGUGCCACAAAUGUGGGACCGGCCUCAUCAAAUCCGAAGGCUGCAACCGCAUGUCUUGCCGCUGUGGGGCCCAAAUGUGCUACCUCUGUCGAGUAUCCAUCAAUGGGUAUGACCAUUUCUGCCAGCAUCCUCGCUCUCCGGGAGCCCCCUGCCAGGAGUGUUCGAGAUGUUCUCUCUGGACCGACCCCACUGAAGAUGAUGAGAAGCUGAUUGAGGAAAUCCAGAAGGAGGCUGAAGAGGAACAGAAAAGAAAGAAUGGAGAGAACACCUUCAAACGCAUCGGGCCCCCCUUAGAGAAGCCUCCAGAGAAAGUUCAGAGGAUCGAAGCCCUGCCCAGACCUGUCCCGCAGAACCUGCACCAGCCUCAGAUUCCCCCCUAUGCCUUUGUUCACCCACCCUUUCCUCUGCCACCUGUCAGGCCCAUGUUCAACAACUUCCCCCUCAACAUGGGUCCCAUCCCAGCCCCCUACGUGCCUCCUCUGCCCAACGUGCGGGUCAACUACGAGUUUGCCCCCAUGCACCUGCCCCUGGAGCACAACUUGCCCAUGCACUUUGGUCCCCAGCCACGCCAUCGCUUCUGACACCUGAGCCCUGCCCCUCCUGGGAGCCCUACUGCGCAGCAUGUGCAGGCAGGGGUUGGAUAGAUCCCUGUUCACCCCCACGGCCCUUGGCUCUGCCCAUGCUUUUUAGGAGGGACGAUGGGCCCGGCUCCUGAAAGCAUAGGCUGGUCUUCCCACCCCUUCCUGGGAAAGCCACUUCCCCUCAAAUAGGAGCUGGCAGGCUAGUUCUUGCUGGCCAGAGAGAAGGGGGCAGCAACACCCUUUAAAGAGUUCUGCCAUCCUAGAGCCAGUGCAGGGGCCUGGCCACAAGUUCAUCUUUUCUGCUGUUACCCACCUCCCUGCAGAAAGAGAAAAGGGAAACAUUUGCCUCCAUCCCCUCGCCCACUAGACAACAGAAGUCUCAGUUACAAACACAAAGACCUUCCUUACCAUAGCGCUGUCUGGUUCACAAUAAAGCUGAAGUUACAAAUAGUGCUGCUUGGAGAGAGCUGAGGCGUGGGCCAAUCACCAAGGCCAGGGCCUGCUGCCACCCCCUUCACUGAGGCCCACCCAGAGUGAGGUGCCCAGCUGCUCUGAGUCCGCUUGCCCCAGUGAAGAGGGCAGAGCGGCAGCCACAGGCCCAAGAGCACCACGCAGGAUGGGGAAGCUGCAGACCAUUCCCCCACAUCCAGAACCCCAGGACACCACCAUGGUGACAGUUCUGGGGUCUGCCCUCUUCCCUCUUGGCCCUCUCAGAUGAAACCAUCUUGUGCUGUGGGCUCAUUUUGUGAUUUACCUAAGAUGUUUGCCUUUGACUUUACCCAGCUCUCUGGCCCACUAGACUCUCCCCUGGUCUCUGGAAAGUCACAUGUUAUCCCAAAUCAGGCAGCCUGUGCCGUCCAGAUGGCCUUGGAGCUUUUGCCAAAUAAAAGGUCCUUUUGAGGCAGCUGUAACUGGUCUGGUGGCUCUCCCAGGCAGCAAUUACUGGGGAGCCUUCUCUGUCUCCAAACAGGCAAUGAACAGCUCCCCUAAGGUUUGGUGGGGACAGUGGGUUUCCCCAGGCGGAUAGGUGACCCAGAUUAUGCUUAGCACCCACCCAGGGUGCCGCCCCGCCAGGUGCUCUGCAGGCCUAGCAGCUGCCCUUUCCUGAGGUUAGGUGAGACUCAUUCUGGAUCUGCCUGGGGUCCUUGCCAUGUCCUCACUCCCUUGUCUCAUUCGGCCCCAGCCUGGGGUUUGAGCCACAUCUGAGGCUUCACCCACCCCCUUAGUGGUAUGUCAUACCCCAGCCAUGUGCAGAGCAGAGGCUCAGCUGUGACCGAGCCUGCCCAGCCCUGUAUUGGCCUCUAUCUGCUGCUAUGUCUCUGAGGCCUGUGGGGUUCCCAGAAGUUCAGAGCACACUCACAGGCCUCCGAGAGGAGGGGGAGCCAGUGACUCCUCCCUGACCCUGUUUCACUCUCCUGCAGCCAGAGGCCUGCACCGCCCAGGCCUGCUCACUUCUAUCGGGACACUAGCAGCACUAUUUGGUCACCUGCUGCCAAUGACUUCUCAGAUGUAUUUUAAGAAUUUAAAAUGGAGUAAAUGUGCUGAGUUGCACCUGACUGCCUCUCCCCCAGUGGAGGGCUGUGCAGCAGCUGGUCAUCUGGGCAUGGGAUGGGGCCCAUGGGACAGGCCUGCACCGCUCUCCACUGCCGGAGCUCCUCCAUGGGGGCUGCCUUCACCUCACUGCCAGCCUGAACGGCAGUGACAAUACCUUGAAAGCAUGUGCCCUGUGCUUCCCCAAGGGAGGGUCUCUGAGAGCAGUGAACCCCCAACAGACAUCCUACCAAUGUGGAGAGUGAGCUCACACACUGUCUUGCCCCACUAGUGACAGCGCUCACCCUGGCCUCCUAGGCCUUAGCAGGUUCAUUCCACCGCUUCCCCACAGCUGGGGGUAUGUGGCUUCAUGGAGGGCCGGAGGCGGGUGGCAUGCCCAUCAUUGCCAUUCAGCAAGUCCCUUAGCGCCUGGCAUACAAAGGACCAUAGUAAUGGUUCCCCCCCAAGGCCAACCCGAGACCCUGUGCUUUGAGAAGGAUUCUGCCUAUUUCUAGGCCCACACGGCUGCUCAGGAGGCAUUCCUGCCAGCACCAAACAUUCUGCUCACCAGACGGGGGGAUUCACAGGUCUGCAGAUGUGGGAUAGUCACUUGCCAUGAGUUCUGACCCUGCAUGACCCUCUAGGCACCUGUGUCCUAGAGGCAGGACCUGGAUCCUGGGCUCCUGGAGAAGCAGGCAUACUAGCUCACAGGGUUUGGGGAAGAGAUGGGGCCAUAAUCAUCUUGCAAGCCAGCAAGUGGCUGCAAGAUGCAAAUGACAGGAAACCCGCAAAGAGCCCCUUUCUGGGGGACAAAGCAGGACCCCCAGAGGCACCUGGCACCUUCCCCUCUCUGGGCCAAGUGCUUGCUCCCCGGAGCAAGAGACUGCCCAGCGACAGUCCCGUUCCACUUGCCUUAAACUGGAGAGAGGAAUCUAGUAUUUGCACUUAGUAAAGGAUUUUAAGAAUUAAAAAAGUGCAUGACCUGUCACUUUGUAUAAAAAUAGUAAAGAUAAUUACUAGAUGUUUUCUUUACUUUCUGGUAGUAAAAAUACAUAAAAUAAUUGUUUUAACUACUGUGUGUAAAAAGCCUGUAUCAUAUGUACCUUGGACUUUUUGUAAAUAAAUGUUUGUGCACUCUGC